GAGAGUGCGUCUGUGUAGUUCUUCAUGCAGUUAUGAGGAGUCACCUUCAGACUUUUGUGACCAGAAGAAUUCCUUGGCUGCAGUAGGAAUAAUCCAAUUUGCACGUAACUCAAGUCUCAGCAGUUAAGCUUGGCGUGCUCAGCUCCUGUGCCCUUCCUCUGGUCCAGACUCGUUUCCUUGCCUCCUCCCCUCUGUGCCUGCACUGUACAUAAUGACACCUUCUUACUGACUGUUUGUGAGCCUUUUUCUAAAGCUGACUUGAUGCAGAAGUUUUCCUGCACAGAUGAGGUGGCUCAGAGAAGUACAGGAUGUGAAUGCUCUUUGCCUUUGUCCUGAAUCCUUCUUUUUACCCGAAUUUAGAUCAGAGAAAGUGCAACAUUGACCAGAGAUGUACUUGAGCAACAUUUUAAUGAUUUAAAAGGGACCCUAAAGAAGCUGUUGGAUGAGCGACUGAUGUCACUGCUGCAGGAAGUGGAUACUAUAGAACAAGACAGCAUCAAACCGCUGGACGAAUGCCAGAAGCUAAUAGAGCAUGGAGUCAGCACAGCUGAUGAUCUGCUCCGGGAAGGAGAGAGUGCAAUCUGUGGAGAUGUGGAACAACAUAAUGAAAAACUUUGCAGCUUUACAAAAAAAGCUUUACAUAUUCAGCUAGAUAGCUUACCAGAAGUGCCCUCCUUGGUCGAUGUGCCUUGUUUAUCUGCCCAGCUGGAUGACUGUCUUCUUACUAUACUGAGAAAUCAGAUAUUCAGACAUGGGACUGUAGCCUCUCGCCCACCUGUACAAUUAGAGGAAUUUGUUGAGAAGCCUGGAGGCAUUUUAGUCCGAUGGUGUAAGGUGGAUGACGACUUUGUACCACAAGAUUACAGACUGCAGUGUCGUAAGAGCACUGCCAGUCACUUUGAAGAUGUGUAUGUCGGCUCAGAGACAGAGUUCAUAGUGCUGCACAUUGAUCCUAACGUUGAUUACCAGUUCAGAGUCUGUGCCCGAGGAGAUGGACGGCAGGAGUGGAGCCCAUGGAGCGUUCCUCAGAUCGGCCGCACCACGCUAGUUCCCCACGAAUGGACAGCUGGCUUGGAGGGGUACAGCCUGAGCAGCCGAAGAAACAUCGCACUUCGCAAUGAUUCUCAGUCAUGUGGUGUGCUCUACUCCAAAGCUCCUACUUAUUUCUGUGGGCAAACGUUAACAUUCAGAAUUGAAACCGUGGGGCAGCCUGACAGACGGGACAGCCUGGGAGUGUGCGUGGAGCAGCAGAAUGGCUACGAUUCUCUGCAGCGAGAUAAAGCUGUGUGCAUUAGCACAAAUGGAGCAGUAUUUGUAAAUGGAAAAGAGAUGACAAACCAACUGCCUGCCGUCACUUCUGGAUCGACUGUGACGUUUGACAUGGAAGUUGUGCAGCUGGGGCCUCCCAGCACCGAGGGGGGAAACUUCAAGCUGAGAGUAACCAUUAGCUCUAACAACAGGGAAGUGGUCUUUGACUGGGUGCUGGAUCAGUGCUGCGUCUCUCUGUAUUUUGGAUGUUCCUUUUCAUACCCAGGCUGGAAAGUGCUGGUGUUUUAACAGCUCAGGAGAGUGAAGAUUCUCGCUGUAGUGCGUGGUAUCACAGCCUGGGCUUCCAGCUGUUUUAUAUCAAUCUUUCUACUACUUGAACUCCACUAUAUUGUACUCCUGCUGGAUUCAUUUCAAAAAAUAAUUGUGAAACAGUGGAUUUGUUACUCUGGAAAAGGUUGAACAGGCAGUUACAUAGACGAUUUAAAGCAAGUCCAUAAGACUUCUAUUUUUUUUUUUCCUUCAGACUUGACUUUUUUUAAAUCAGUAUUUCGUUGUACUCUAGGCUCAGGGUACGCUUAUUGUAUGAAAUCAACUUUGCUUAAUGCUGCUGUUCUGUGAAAUAAGCCUGUAAACUUUUAGGGAGUUGGAGGUAAUGGACCAAAAGUUGUAUUUAUGCCACCCCUAAAAAGAGCAGAGUAUUUAGAGCAGCGAUGCUCUGCUAUGCUUCCUUGUAUGCAAUGCUGCCAUCAUAAUAAGGACAGACAGCAGGUCCUGCAGGCCACAGCAGUUUCUUCUAUGCACGGUACUGUUCAUUCCUCCAGAACAAGGAUGUCUGAGCCAUGGUGUUUGUUCAGAUAUGGAGCUAAUCUGUUCAACGUCUCACUCAUGUGCCUUAUUUCCAGGUAUUUCUGCAUUGUUUUCUGUACUGUCACUUGGAACGUGGUUUCUAGAGUAGAUCCACAGUGAUGCUUACAUCCCCAGCUUAAUGCUGACACUUGUCACAUGCACCAACACCUACAGUAGGACAGUUACCUUAUCUGGUCUGAAUGUCUUUCCUAGUUAUACUUUGUAGCCUAAUCUGAGCAAAUCUUGGGGUUUUGGUACUUUUGUAUGACAGGUAGAUGGAAGGAAGCUGUGAUUCUUCACAGAGCCCUGCACAGUGCAGAGGCCACUUCCUUUCUAUUGGACUGAGCAGCUGUUCCCACGUGUGGGAUUCCCAAAGAGCCCGUUGAUGACCUGCACACACCGUGUGCUCAGCUGCUCCAGGCAGGCUGGGGCUGCAGGCAGAGCCCACGGCACAGACUGAACCUGGGGCAGUCAGAGCAGAGCAGAUGGUGCCAAAUCUUUCUGUAGUAGAGAUGCAGGAUUAAUUUAAACUGUACAUAAAAUUACCAGUAUUCCCCAUAAGUAUCAAAGAAGAUUUAUAAUGAUGAGCUUGUCAUACAGUUAUUCUUUGGUCAAAAGAUGGAAUUGUGAUACUACUGGAUUUAAGGAGUAUUUUUAAAUAAUGCUCAUUGAGGACCUUAAAGCAGACUUUCUUACCUCAAGUAUGUGAGAUUAGUAAUAUAUAUAUAUUUUAGUAACACCUAGACAAUCAUUCUGCCCUUUUUUCUUCAGUUUCAACAUGCCAUAUUGCCCCUCAUGCUAGCAUAAAUGGAUUGGACUGGCAUCCCCCCUAUUUGCACCAUCAGUACAAAGAGAUCAGCUGUCCUGCCUGCGUUUUUCUGCUAACAUCUGCGAUAGGGAACUGCAGAAAAGGAGAAUGGUGGCUGGUAAUACAGCUUAGAAAAACCUGUUUGAUUCAGAUAGAUGGAAAGUGGAGGUGGAUUGGAUUUUACUAUUAAGCAUGGAAGAGUGGACACCUGCAGGUAAGACUAAUCUGUGCAAGCAAGGAAAAGCCUGCUGUAUUUUGUCCACUUCUCAAGCAAAACUAUUUCAGUGUUAGGGAGUAGAAAGAUACUUGCAUGUACUUCCAGUAUUCCUUUUCACUAGUGUGAAGAAUGUUGCUAACAGUGCUGCAUCCCAUCUGCCAUCUCAGAUGUUGUUCUUUUGCUGUAGCCACAACAGUUGAGCAGAUGUUCCAGCUGAGUCAGUGCUGCUCAGAGGCUGGCAGUGCUGCAGUCGCAUUCAGUCGUGCUCCAGUGAAUCGAUUCGGUAACUUCACCUGCAAGAGUUCAUGGGUCAGGUACAAGUUCUAAGUCAGUGCUGUUACUGUUUGAAAACUAAAAUAGCAGAUAGCUACACUUGUGAGGAGCCAGCAGCUCAGGUACCUUCCACCUGCUUUUUGAGGGUCCACUCAGACUUGCUGCUGCUGCUGCUUACCAGCACUGCGGGACAUAAAGCUCGAGUUCAGGUACUUCCAGAGAUGGGAAUGCUUCAUUUGUUCAGAAUAAUAUUAGCAAGCAGCUUAAGAUAACUGUGAAGGGCUGUCCCAGGACAUCCCUACUGCUCCCCUUGAGAGCUGAGGAUGGGAAGACAAAGUAUUUGUUCUGACCUCGGUUUUUCGCUCCUCGUGACCAGGGGCAGCAUCCCAGUAGUGAACUUUUAACUGGGAGUAAGACCAGCUGCCCAAAUGAGUAUUAGGUACUGCUCAGCCACCUCGUAGAAGCUGUACUUGAACCUGGGAAGGGUGAAGAAUCCCAGGACAAGAGAGCUGAGUAAUUACACAACAAAGUAUCCCAAGAACCAGAAGAGGCUUGGAUUAAAAAGGUUGAAGUUCUAUUCUUCCUCAGCAGAGUUCAGCUAGAUGGAGGACUGGGCCCUUCCUUCACAGCUUUGUCACCUCCAGCUAUUGGAGCCUUGCAGGAGAGAGAGUGAACUGCUUGGGAAGUCCUGGAAGCGUUUUUGAAGCUCGUACGUUCACUUACCUCAACUAAGAUGUUUGUGUCAAGUGAAAUUUGAUUUUUUUUAAAUAAAGUUUUAUCCCACA